AGACUAUUCAAGUUUAACCCUAGCUACCUCUUUUAUUGCCAAACCAGAUUUUUCCUGUGAUUUGUAGACUUGGAAAUUUGACCUAUGUAUUUGUAGGAGCUACAAAGGUACAAGGUAACGGAAAGAAUAGAAUAAAAAUAUAAGCUCAAAUUAACAAGUUAACACCUUAUUUUACAAAUUGACCUAAAGUGAAAAUAAAAUCCAACAACAAACCAAACCAAAUUCAGGUGUUGUGUUUCUCACUCUUGCUCCCUUCUUCACCAAAAACACAUCUCUUUCUCUUUCUUCACUUUGUUACGCACACUUCAGUUCAGACUUCAGAGCUAUUCUAUUUGCAAAGUCACAAAAACACAGAAACCUCAUAAGGGGUGGUAUUUGGAUUUGAGGGUUUGGACCCAUUGGUCCUUCCCCAACUUAACUUAAAAGAAAAAACCUUUUUUUUCCCCUUCCUUUUUUCUCUUCAUUCAUUGUUUCUCGUUCUAAAUCUCUUAUCUUUGUUUGAUUUUCUCUCUCUAACCCAUGAUCCUCUACAUGUAAUCCACCGUAACUUCCCCUAAACCCUAAACUCUCCGAUCUCUCUGUCACCACCAUGUUCCAGGGAUCUCCCCCUCCUCCGGCUACCGCCCAACGCCGAUCCUCGUCGUCGCCGGAACGCAAUUCCCUAAACCACAUCGCCGGCGACGAUCACGCCGC